AUGAAUUUUCCAUUCGUCACCCUCUUGAUUUAUACCAUCAACAUCAACCUAAAAUAUACGAACGCGAGGGCGAUACUUCCCCGAGAUUACAGCUCAUCCUCCCCACUAUCCCCCGCCAGCUAUGACAAAGAAGACGGGAUGAAUGAGAAUUUGAACCGUCUAAACCUUGGCCCAACUUUCUCUGUUAGGCCUUCAAAAGACGCGGAAAAUCUGGAUUCAAUUCCUUCAUUAGACGCGGAUAAGGAGCAACAGUCCCAACGCAAAUCGAUCGUGCUUAGCUCUAGUUUGAACUUCUCGAUCCGAGUUGAGGAUGCAAGUAAGGAUCACAAUACUAUUCUCAUUCCCAUAGUCUUAUCUUUGCAGAAUCACGAGCCAGACGCAUCUGCAACCCCAAUCAUCUCCAAUUCUGAGCUCAAGCCAUCCAUCAUUCCUGGCGACGAAGAAUAUGCGAGUAGGAAUGACUCCAGUCUAAUGAUUUCGCAUUCAUCGGGAAGGGACUACUUCCUCGUCAGCCUUCUCUCACCAAACAUUUCGGAUGAGGGGACCCAUGCGCAUCCCACAAACUGGACGGUUUUAAUCAUUGCUCGACACAUAUCCAACCCCGAGACGCUCAAUUGGACGUGGAUUUUAGUCGGAAUCAUCGCGUUGAUCUGUAUACUGCUCGCCGCAAUUUGCCCGAUAAUCUUAGCCUACUGCGACUACUUCGGAGGCGGAAGAGACGACGAAGAAAACAUGGUGGUCGAUCUGAUCACGCCCUUUAGACACCAAGAUUACCCGUCCGAGAUCCAAAAAGAAGACACCGACUUCCGAUCCCUUGGUCCGGGCCGAGCCACUAAGGCUGAUAUGAGCAAACCUCUUAAACUGAAUCGCGGUCCUACUGCCGGCGAAUUCAAGAAUACUAAAAACAAGGAAAACUGCUUUGCUGAAAUCGAUCACGAUGGCGAUGGAAUCAGUCUCAAUGAUUUCAAGAUUUGUCAAGCCAGAAAAAUGAUUAACCUUCAACCCUUCAGACCAUCAGGCCACCAAUACAACGAUAAAAAUUCUUCAGACUCGCUCGGAUCUCCCACUGCUACAUCCACCUCUAGUUUUACUGCCAAUAGCCCAGUCUCUCCACUAACUACAAUCACUAGUCCAAAGAGUUUCCAAAGUCUCGCCUUUUCUGAUUAUCAUAGCCCACUUCCAAGCCUACCCAAAAAAUGUGUUACAACUUAA